AUGCCCUCCUUCACUGUCGAGGCGGAGGGCGAGACGAAUCCGCUGACUAGAGGUCUGGUCAUCUCUACCCUCACAAAUGCUUCUCUACCCACGGCCCAGGCAUUGAAGGUGGCCACUCAGCAGAUCGGUAACUGGGAGAAGACACCCGGUUAUUUUGCCCUUCUUCAAGAUGUCUAUGCCGACCUAUCACUCAGCAAUGAAGUCCGAUUUCAAGCCAUCAUUCAACUCAAGAACGGUAUUGACAAAUACUGGCGCAAGACGUCUUUUAAUGCCAUAGACAAGAACGAAAAGGCGCAGAUUCGGACAAAAGCGAUCGAAGCCGGCGUCCGCGAGCCAGUUCCCGCUCUGGCAUUGCAGAAUGCACUGAUGCUUGCUAAGAUUGUCCGUUACGAGUUCCCCCACGAUUGGCCUGAUAUUAUCACCACCAUCACUCAGUAUCUCCGCGAUGCCAUUCAAGACCCUGCCACAGGCCAAUAUACCUCCAACAUCCUCACAAUCACUUUACAAAUAAUCAAGGAGCUCGCCUCCGGACGAUUACAGCGGACAAAGAAAAGCCUGCAACAAGUAUCUCUGGAGCUCCUCCAAGUUCUUGGCACCCUUUACAUGAGUUUGGUAGCUCGAGCGGACUUAAGUUCGGCACACCCUGAUCUCGCCAGUGCUCGCAACAGCCACUCUGCCCUCAAGACCUUGAGACGUCUCCUGGUCGUGGGGUUUGAAAGCCCGCACCGCGAGCAAGAUGUUGCUCAAUUCUGGAUCCUCUUGCACGCACAUCAGCAGACAUUUUGGACAGCUUAUAACCACAAUCCUCCUGCCGAGGUGAAACCUAUGCUGCUGAAGCAUCUGCUACAAUUUGCCAAACUCUAUCUCGAUAUGGCUCGCAGUCAUCCGGCCUCCUUUGUCUUGCUUGGCUGCAUGGACAUUCUCAAUCAUUCGUGGAGCAUCAUCAGCCAGAACGACGCCAAGUCGGCCCUGAAUGGGAACUUCGACUGGGAGGUGUAUCGCAAUGGAGACAUUAGUGACGCAUCACCAAACGAAAAGCUUUCCCUCAAAGCGCUACUGCUAUUUCGAGCAUGCCUGAAGAUGGUGUUCAACCCCGUCCAGACAUUCAAGUACCAGACUAUCCAGGACAAAGAAGACAGGAAAAAUGCCGUCGACUAUGUGAAAAAUACCGUACUCACUGAAGUGUUUGUGGUCCAACUCAUGGAGAUUCUAGUGACCCAAUACUUUGUCCUCCGGCCCUCCGACUUGAGAGACUGGGAACAAGAACCUGACGAGUGGGAAAGACGUGAAGAGGAAAUCGCAGAUGCGUGGGAAUUCUCGAUUCGGUCCUGUUCCGAGAAGCUAUUUCUUGACCUUGUGAUCAACUUCAAAGAGUUGCUCGUACCACGGUUACUCCAAGUUUUCUACGAAUAUGCAAAUACCACGAACACCAACGUCCUGCUGAAGGACAGCUUGUACUCGGCGAUCGGCAUUGCAGCGGCGUGCCUAGAAGAUGUCCUUGACUUCAACACGUUUCUGCGGACAACGUUAGUACCAGAAGUGCAACUGAACCACCCAAAUUACAACAUUCUGCGACGCCGCACAGCGAUUUUGCUUGGUCAGUGGGUACCUAUCAAACCAGAAAUCCUCAACCGAGUCGCUGUUUACCAGAUUUUCACCCAUCUUCUGUCCAGUAAUGAGCAGCUCAAUGACCAUGUUGUGCGCGUCACAGCGGGCCGACAGCUACGUCUCGUCCUCGAACCGUUCGAGUUCAAGUUCGCGGAUUUCCAGCCAUAUGCUACACCACUGCUACAGAGUCUUAUGUCUCUCAUCGCUGAGACGGAAUUAUCAGAAACGAAAAUGGCCCUUCUCGAGACAGUCAGAGUUGCCGUUACCAAGCUGGAGGGCCAUAUCGAACCAUACGCGGGAGGCAUCAUGUCUAUGCUGCCGCCACUUUGGGCCGAGUCUGGCGAAGAACACCUCAUGAAACAGGCCAUAUUGACCAUGCUUACAGCCAUUGUCAACAGUCUUGCGCAGAGGAGUCUGUCGUACCAUAAUGCCAUACUUCCGAUUAUCCACGACUCGAUCCAACCAGGGUCAGAGGCCAUCGUAUACUUAUUGGAGGAAGCGCUGGACCUCUGGGCGGCGAUCUUGCAGCAGACACCAAGCAACGAAGCCUCGCCAGAACUCCUUGCCUUGUCACAAUCACUGCUUCCACUGCUGGAAUUGGGUAGUGAUUUGCUGAGGCAGACAUUUGAGAUUGUCGAAUCCUACACGAUCCUGUCGCCCGCAACCGUGCUAUCCCCAACCUUCCUUGGACCUCUUCUCGCAUCAAUGAAAUCCCUUCUAUCGAUGCUUUCAUCCAGUCGAGCACGGGACGCCUCUCUUGCGCCUCACGUGCUUGAGACUCUGCUUGCAGCAAUAUCCGUGAAGUCAGACCCUGCAUUGGAUCCGCAACAAGCGUUGACCCACCUUCUUGAAUUGAUGCUCAGUACCGGCUAUCUCCCGACCCUUCUGGAGCUCCUGAAAGCAGCGUACGAGUAUCAUCAGAACCCGCGACCGAGCAUCCGGCCCCCAGAAAUCAUCGGUCCUGGAGAGGCCAGCCUCUUCACGCUGCUUUCGCGCAUAGCGCUUCUUUCUCCAGAUAAACUCGUCCAAGCCGUCAUCGCUGCCAACAUCAAUUCCACAGCCAGCUCCACCUCUUCAUCUACAGCAGCCUCGCCGUCUCCUUUCCACUGGCUACUGACCGAAUGGAUGCAGCAGAUCGAUAGUAUCGGCGACAUUCUGCGCAAAAAACGCCAGGUCCUGGCACUGACCAAUCUACUAACAGCAACAACCUCGCCCCUCCCAGAGUUGAUGUACGACAACCUCCAGUCUUUGCUUACCAUGUGGACCGAUGUCGUCGUCGAGUUGCGCGAGGAAGCCGCUGAAGAAAGCGAGGGCGACUACCUUUGGCAUAACAAGCCAGGCGAAGUUCCUGAGUGGCCGGACGCGACGCCCGAAGACGGGCGUAAGCGAGCGAUCAGCAACCAAGACCCGGUCUACACCUUCAACAUUCGCGAGUUCAUCGGCGUGAGGCUGCGGCAUGCUAUGGAGCGAGCGGGCGGUCCUGCAGCAUUUGAGCGCGACUGGCUCAGCCGCAUAGAUUCGGCCGUGCUGAAGGCAUUUGUCGACCUGAAAUUGUUGUGA